AUGGAUGAAUUUCUAGAUUCUCAAAAAGAAAGAAUUCAAGAGGCGUUAGAUUUGGGUGAGCUUACAACCGAUAGGGGCUUGAAUCAAGAACUCGGUCUUUCAAGAACUUGUGAUACGCGUUGGGGAUCUCAUUUUAAAUCUUUCAACAAUUUUAUUCUUAUGUUUGGCUCUAUUCUUAAUGUUCUUGAAUCACUUGUUCUUGAUGCACGAUUAUUGGAUGAAAGAGCCAAGGCAAUGGGAUAUCUUGAAGCUUGCCGAACAUAUGAGGUUGCGUUCAUGUUGCAUUUGAUGAGUGAUGUUUUAGCAAUCACAAAUGAGCUUAAUAAAUACUUACAAAAAAAGGAGCAAGAUUUGGCAAAUGCCAUGCUACUUGUUGAAGUAGCAAAAAUAAGGUUGCAAGCGUAUAGGGAUGAAGAAUGGGAUUCUCUUAUUGCUAGGGUGUCUUUAUUUUGUAUCAAGCAUGACAUUUUGGUACCUAACUUUGAGGAGCCAUAUGUUAGCUCUUUAAGAUCACAAAGGAGACUUGGUGACAAUAAAGUCUCACAUCAUUAUCGUGUUGAGGUAUUUUGCAAUAUUAUUGAUUGGCAACUUCAAGAACUUAUAGAUCGUUUUGGAGAAGCGACGACUGAUUUGCUUCAUGGAAUUUCUUGUUUGAAUCCAAUUGACUCAUUUUCAAGUUUUGACAUCAGGAAAAUAAUGAAAAUGGCUAAAUUAUAUCCUGAUGACUUUAAUGAAUUCAGUAUAGGUUCUCUUGAGAAUCAACUUGCAAGUUACAUUAGUGAUGUUCGUGAUGUUGAUGAAAGGUUCUCCAAUCUAAAAGGGCUUUGUGAUCUUUCAAAAAAAUUAGUACAAACAAAGAAGCAUUCAAAUUAUCCUCUUGUAUUCCGCUUAGUGAAACUUGCUUUGCUUCUGCCGGUUGCCACAACAUCCGUUGAAAGAGCCUUUUCAGCAAUGAAGUUUAUCAAGAAUGACUUGCGGAGUCAAAUGAGUGAUGAUUUUUUUAGUGGUUGUUUGGUGCCUUAUCUAGAAAAAGAUAUAUUUGAUAAUGUUUCUAAUGAUGCUAUUAUUAAGACAUUUCAAGAUAUGAAACCUCGUAAAGUUCUCUGUGUAUAUUUGUCUACAAAUAUGGACAGCUUAUAUGCGGUGAAAAAAGCUAUUAUGGUGCUAUGUUGUGUUUUGCUUGAGAUGCAAUCUCUUGUUUUGAGUAGCGGUAGGCUGGUUACUGAUGUUCUGAAUCCUAUGGCUAGUACCUAUAAAAUGUCAUUAUCCUAA